GCCGAGACCAAGUCCGCCAACCCCAUGCGCGAGCUCCGCGUCGCCAAGCUCGUCCUCAACAUCUGUGUCGGUGAGUCUGGUGAUCGUCUCACCCGUGCCGCCAAGGUCCUCGAGCAGCUUUCCGGUCAGACCCCCGUCUACUCCAAGGCCCGCUACACCGUCCGUACCUUCGGUAUCCGCCGUAACGAGAAGAUCUCCGUUCACGUCACCGUCCGUGGCCCCAAGGCCGAGGAGAUCCUCGAGCGUGGUCUCAAGGUCAAGGAGUACGAGUUGAGGAAGCGCAACUUCUCCGAGACCGGUAACUUCGGUUUCGGUAUCCAGGAGCACAUUGACUUGGGUAUCAAGUACGACCCUGGAAUCGGUAUCUACGGUAUGGACUUCUACGUCGUCAUGGACCGUCCCGGAGCCCGUGUUGCCAAGAAGAAGCACUGCAAGGGUCGCAUUGGUGUUAACCACAAGGUCAACCCCACUGAGACCAUCCGUUGGUUCAAGUCCCGUUACGACGGUAUUGUCCUCAACAAGUAA